CGGAGUCUCUGUUUCCUCAGGCUGGCUCUCAUUGUUCUUCUCAGAGACUCGAGGUGCGCAGAAAGGAGGAACAUGUCCGCCAUGCAGCUGCUGCGGGUGUCGGUACACGAGCGGAUCAGCGCUGCCGCUGAAGACUUCCUGAUGCAGGUGGAGAAAGGAGGAGGAAUGGCUCAAGUCCCGGCGCUGCGAGCGAUGCUAACCGAGCGGCUAAUGGCGGCGGCUGAGAUGAUCCUCGCGGGGCUCGAGGAAACCUUGGCAGAGUACGACGACCUAGGGGAGAUCUGUCGCCAGAGGAGGCUGCUCGAUGCAGUGAUGCAGCCCGUAGUCCGGCUGCACAGAGCAGGGUGUCCUGCAGAUGUCCAGCAACUGAUGGUGAAUAAAGAAGAGGUUACCCCUGACCAGCAGCAGUGGAGCCCCUUUCUGGCCAAGGAGGACCCAGAGCCCCCCAACAUUAAAGAAGAACAGGAGGAACCGUGGACCAAUUGGGAUGGACAGCAACUUCAAGGACUGGAAGAGGCUGAUAUCAAUUUCACAUUGACUCCUGUCGCUGUAAAGAGUGAAGAAGAUGAAGAGGAACUUCAAUCAUCAAAGCUUCAUCCGAGUGAGACGACGGAGACGACGGAGAACAGAGGGAACCUAAGGGGCAAUCUUGAGAAAGAGAAACCAUUUAGUUGCUCUGAGUGUGGUAAAAGAUUUAACACAAAGGGCAAUCUAAAUACACAUAUGAUGCGUCAUACAGGAGAGAAGCCAUUUAGUUGCUCUGAAUGUGGUAAAAGAUUUAACACAAAGGGCAAUCUAAAUACACAUAUGAUGCGUCAUACUGGAGAGAAGCCAUUUAGUUGCUCUGAGUGUGGUAAAACAUUUAACACAAAGGGUAAUCUAAAUACACACAUGAGGCAUCAUACAGGAGAGAAACUAUUUAGUUGCUCUAAGUGUGGUAACAGAUUUAACACAAAGGGCAAUCUAAAUGCACACAUGAGGUGUCAUACAGGAGAGAAACUAUUUAGUUGCUCUAAGUGUGGUAAAAGAUUUAACACAAAGGGCAAUCUAAAUACACACAUGAGGCGUCAUACAGGAGAGAAACCAUUUAGUUGCUCUGAGUGUGGUAAAAGAUUUACCGGAAUGGGCGCUGUAAGUAGUCACAUGAAGAGUCAUACAGGAGAGAAACCGUUUAGUUGCUCUUACUGUGGUAACAGAUAUACCGCAAGGGGAAGUCUAAAUAGACAUAUGACGCUUCAUACAGGAGAGAAGCUAUUUAGUUGCUCUGAGUGUGGUAAAGGAUUUAAUCUAAGGCGCAUUCUAAAUAAACAUAUGAGGAGUCAUACAGAAGAGAAACCGUUUAGUUGCUCUGAGUGUGGUAAAGGAUUUAACUUAAGGCGCAUUCUAAAUAAACAUAUGAGGAGUCAUUAGGGUUGCAAAAUUCCGGGAAUACUUGCAACCCUAGGAGUCAUACAGGAGAGAAAUUGUUUAGCUGCUCUGACUGGUAAAAGAUUUAAGAUUCAGUCCUAUCGUACGAGACGUGAGGAUUCAUAAAGGAGAGAAAUUAUUCAGUUGCAACCUUUUGAAACAAAAUAUUUUUUAGGACUUAUCAGCAGAUAUUCAUAUUAUACAUAUUCAUAGUUCACUGUUUUAAAUAGACUAUAAACAUUUUUUAUGUCCCUAGAAAAUAUAACUCAUUGAAUAACACGAAAGAUUUGUGUUUAUAUAUCUUGUUUCUACUGAUUUCUACAUAAUUAAUCUAUUUUUCAUAAUGUCCUUCAUGUCAUUUUAAGGUUAUAGUGUGUUCCUUGCACUGUAUGAAUGUGUGUUCUUAACUAGUUCAUAUGAUUAAAUAUGUUAGUUUUAAAUCAAUGGUUUCUUGGUUCGUGAGAUUCAAUGACAGUGUGUGUUCUCCUUUAUGUAUUGAAUGUCUUUACAAGAAUUAAAGUCUAAUAAAAAGAUAA